AUGGACAAUAAUAGUGGAAUAAUUAGUGGAGAUAGUGGAUGUAAUAGUAGCAACAGUGAUAGUUUUAGCAACACAAAUAAUAAUAAUGAAAGAAAAGAUUAUGCGAUUGUUGGCAAAAAAAGAGGAGGACCAUUAAAAUUAUAUUAUGAAACAUAUGGAAAUGUAGAUGCCCCAGUCAAAGUUUUAUUUAUAAUGGGGUUUAUGGCAACUGGUCAAGAUUGGAUACCACAAGUUGAAUAUUUCAAGAAAUUUAAAGAAUAUGAAGUUUGUAUUUUCGAUAAUAGAGGUAUUGGUAAUAGUGGCAAGGCAAAGAGAUAUACAACAAGUGAUAUGGCAUUGGAUGCAGUAGAGUUAAUGGAUCAUUUAAAGUGGGACACUGCUCAUAUUGUAGGUGCAUCAAUGGGUGGAAUGAUUGCUAUAGAGUUUGCAGUAAGAGCACCAAUAAGAAUUCGUACAUUGACAUUGGCAGUAACACAUUCAGGACUAUCAUUCCCACCAUUGAAAGGAGCAUUAGGGUUCUCAAAAUCACUAUUUCAUAGAGACUUUUCAAAGAAGGCCGAUAUACUUUUAGAUACACUUUUCUCAAAACAAUAUUUAUCAUCUCAAAGUGAGUUAGAUCCAUCAAAAACCAAAAGACAAGAGUUGAUUGAAGAGUAUGUAAAUAAAAUGAACAGUACCAAAGCACCACCCAUCUCAACUUUAUUUGGACAUAUGAGAUGUAUAUUCACACAUUAUGUUUCAAGUUCAAGAUUAGAAUCAAUUAAAAAUCAAGAUUUCCCUGUCCUUGUAUUAACUGGUACCGAUGACUACUUGGUAAAACCUAAAAACUCUUUUUCUUUAAAAAACAAAUUAUCACCAACAGAAUUUAUAGUGUAUGAAAACUGUGGUCAUUGUGUAAAUGUUGAAAAACUGUCAGAGUUUAACCAUGCUAUCGAAAACCACUUUAUGCGUCAUAAAAUAGAUUCUGAUAUUCUCAAGAAACAUUUAAAUGAUAGAGAGGUUGAAAAAGAAGUUGAUAUUUCAAACUCACCCAUUGUACCAUCUGUUUUAACAAAUACAACCGCAGUAAUUUCCGAAGAUAACUAA